AUGGAGAGAAGCGUCGCCCACAUCAUGUUGGUGCUUUCACUCGGGGCGGCCCUCGUCGUCGCCGGCCGCCCCGCCGGUGCCUCCGACGAGGUGGCCGCCAUUCGCCUCUCGAGCGACGGCCAAGGUCUUGGCGCUGAUGCAACAGCACUUGGGGCGCCCAUGAAGAAGGUCCUGGAGGAGGAUGAGAGGCCGUGGGCAUGCUGCGACGACACCCACUGCCUGAGGGUGCUCCCGAGGGCCUGCCUCUGCCGCGACACGGUGGCGCAGUGCGCCAGCGCGUGCCAGCACUGCGACCAGGUCGGCCCUGGCCGCUACGUUUGCCUGGAUAUACACGAAGGUUGGCCCGGCCCAAAGUGCACGCACCAAGUGGACGUCGCCGGCGCCGGUAACUAG